UAGCACUUGACGUUUAUCAUGAAGCCUCACAAUUAAAUUCGGCAAACACUCCAACAUUUUGUCUGCGAACAUGUUAUCUAACGAAUGAUAGUGGGCAGUUGUAGGCAUUGUUUAAAUGCUAAAUGGUUACGGCAAACAUGGCGUGGUCAUUUAUUUGUUUUUUAUUUUUGUGGAUACUUAUCGACCAUAGAGGAAAUGUCGCGUCACAAAACUGUGGCGCAAAUCUUCAUGGUGAUUCCGGUUCGUUUUAUUCACCUUUCUACCCAAAUAAUUACAACAACAACGAAGAUUGCGUAUACAGAAUCGUCGUAGCUACAGGGCACAAAGUGUGCGUCAUUAUGAAUACUUUUGAAGGUGAAGGGUGUUGUGACUAUUUAGAUUUACAUGAUGGCCAGACAACGUCCGCCGUAUUAAAGAGAUUCAUGAAUAGAUUGCCAAAUGAAAAUGAGCCCGUGUGUCAUCCGGAAAUCAGCUGACGGCCGUUUGGCACACCGACUUCUCAGUUGUUAAUCGAGGAUUUUUUGCACAGUUUAUAUCUGUAGUGGAUCGUAUGUAUGAACGGAUAUCUUUUUUAAAUCUUGUGAAUGUCAAAAAGAAAACACCUUAUUUCAGUUGAUAUUUAUCAUGUUGCCAUAAAGGCGUGGGCAAUAAAAAAGUGAAUAAUUUAACAAUAGUCAUAAGCAAUCUUAUAAAAAAUAAAAUAAUGUAUGCCAAUUCUCAGAACCAUGUCUUGCAAACGAUUUACAGCAGGCGAUUUAACUAAAAGGAUUAGUGUUAUGUUGCAUGCAUGUGUUUUAUUGUUGAAAAACUUACAUGUACGUAGUAUAUGUUUUAGAAUGCAUGGGUACCCCAUCGGUUCCAAAUGGAAUAGUCUUUCAACAAAAUGUGACUAAAGUAUUUCACCUUACAUGUCUGGAUGGUUAUCAUAGUACACAAGGCGAUGAAAUACGUUGCCUUCCGAGCUGCAACUGGACAUUUGCCGAAUGCAACCCAGUGGAUUGUAGAUUACCGCCGCAAAUUUCAAAUGGGCAUUUAGCGACUUAUUCGUCAACUCUGUACCCUUCUAUAAUCAAGCUGCAAUGUGACCCUGGUUACGUACUCAGAAACCAGGAUUUCAUGCAAUGUCAGAGCAACGGAUCAUGGUCUUUGGUUUUAUGUUCCUUAAUCGACUGCGGGUUGCCGCCAUCAUUAGCUAACGGUAUGAUGGCGCUCAGAAACAAUUCGACGACAUUCACGUCGCAAGCAGAAGUAUCAUGCAACCCUGGUUACUUUCUAAACGGUAGUUAUAGUAUCAUACAUUGCACUACACAGGGAAGAUGGACUCAGGAUUCGUUCAAGUGCCUACCUGUUGAAUGCCCAGUAUUAGAUCCUUACGACAAGCUAACAAUUGAAUUGGAUCCUUAUACUACAAAGUCUAUCGUAAAUACCACGGCAAUGUUUUCUUGCCCACCAAGUUCAAUUUUGGUUUGUUACAAAAGAAUAAAAUGCACGAUCAACGGACAAUGGACUGGACCGGUUCCAAAAUGUAUUAUGCUGGAAAAGACUGUUAGAAACUGUCAGGUCGAUGUAGAUACGAAAGACAGAACCUGGCGAGAAACUCAACCCGGGACUAUUGUAGUGGAAAAUUGUCCAAAUGGCUACUCUGGGAAGGUUAGUCGGCAAUGUAGCGAGGAGGGACUCUGGCUCAACGCAUUCUACAACUGCGUAUCAGAACGCGUUGCUCAACUAUUAUAUGAGUCGUUUUUUGCCGCAACAAGUAACUUACUGGACUAUGACAACGCCGAAUCAUGGAAAUCCGGGGGCGACCACUAUAAAAACAACGGGUCACCUGAUAGAACUAGUACGGCUUAUCUCGGUGCGAUGAAAGUUCUAAAUGUGGUUGACAAGUACGCAGACAUUUUAAUGAAUACACUCGCAAACAAUUCGGAGAGCAGUAAAACCAUACAAAUGGACAAUAUGGUGGUGCACGUUAGUAUGGUAAACACGACAUCAGACGAUUUGAAAUUCCCACAUAAACCUCUUGGCAUUACGAGUUCUGUUAUUCUGCCGAAGGCCUCAUUAAAAGGAUCAAACUCAAUCGCAGCAGUAGUAUACAGAAAUCUGACAGGCAUAAUGUCAUCAAAGCCAAAAAAUGACAGGCAUGCAAUAUAAAAAAAUGUUUACCUA